GCGCGGGUAAGACCGCUCCGGAUGGGAUGCCGUCUGUAGUCGCACCUUCCAUGCCACUUGCAUUUCCACAUCUCAGAGUCUCAGACCCCCAAGAUGUUGUCUUCUCUUCCUGGGUCUUUAACCUGCGAGGCACCUUGACGCCUGGGACAAGUACGGAAUACGGACAAGGUCCCCGAGGUAUUACCCGACCCAGCUUGUCGCCUGUACAUGCAACUCAACUCACUCUUCCGUUUUCUGUCGCCUGUUUCCAAGUUGAUUGCCCUUUCAUCCCACGAGUCGCGAGUUGGUGGGUCCCCCAGUAUUUUGCACUUACGGCCGGCCACCUUACCCCAACCUGGUUUUUGGAUCGUCCAACGACUGACAAGCACAGUCCUCGCUCUCGUUCACAGUUGUGGUUCUCGUCGCCAACAAGGACCGAAUCCGUCGACAUGUCGGUCAUCAGUGUACCAAAUUGGUGAUGAGUUGUUCCGGAAAGCGGAAUCCGGGACGUGGGUGCUGGUCUAUGGGUCGUGGCUUCAAGCUGCCCCCUGGUCCUCCCAUCGCCCUAUUCUUAAAGAUGGGACGCCGUCUUCGCCAUGCCACGCCGUGAGGCGCCUUUCGGGUUCCCUCGAACAGAUGACAGAUCGUGGACACCGGCCGCUUGGGUCAUUUGGGCCCGGGAGGCUGAAGCUUGCUCGUCUCAAGCCCUCCAUGCUUUCGGCCAUCAUCUCCCGGCCCCGAAGAGUUCAUUACAACUUCUGCGUCCAGCCAGGUAUCACUUCAGCCUUAUUCAUACUGCCGUUUGCGUGGCUGCCACACUUACCGUACCAAGUCAUUUCUCAGUACGAUCAUGUCCAAACUCAACGGUGGCGGGUGCCGUGUGGCAUGUAGCAUGUGGCAUGUGGCACGACAAUUCAGACACCGGAGCCGACAACUAAGCCUCGACUCGACAUGCCGUUUCUGCAGAUGCAAACCAUCGAUAUGUGGUGCCCUCAGAAAGCUUUGAUUGUGUGUUUGCGACCAGGCUGCUACUUCCAUCUUGGAAAGGCUGGCACGGCUGGCAAAGAUCAUUGGGCCCAUUCGGCUGGAUCUGCUAGAAGGGCCGUGGACUUUGGCUUGCAUCUCCUUGAUGUUGCUAUUUGUGUUUUUGGCCGCGGGGUUGCAGCUUGCUGUACUGCAUCAACCCG